ACUUCCGGGCCGGGCUCCGUCGCAGAAGCGCCUCCCCGUUUCCGGCCCUCGCAUGGCGGCGCUCCGGACUCACCGGAAGUAGCCCGGCGGAAGUGGGCGGUGCCUUUGCCCGGAAGCGAGCGCGCCGCUGGGGGAAGAUGGCGGCUGUGGGCAACGCGGUGCCUGCCGGGGCCCGGCCUCACGGGUCCGCGCCCGGCGGGCCGCCCAGGCCCGGGCCGCAGCCGCGCGCGCUCCUCGCCGCCGGGCCGGCGCUCGUAGCGAGCGGCGACGAGCUGGUGGCCGCCGUGUGGCCGUACCGGCGGCUGGCGCUGCCGCGGCGCCUCACGGUGCUGCCGUUCGCGGGGCUGCUGUACCCGGCCUGGCUGGGCGCCGCGGCCGCCGGCUGCUGGGGCUGGGGCAGCAGCUGGACGCAGGUCCCCGAGGCCGCGCUGCUGGCGCUCGCCACGGUCUGCCUGGCGCACGCGCUCACCGUCCUCUCGGGGCAUUGGUCCGUGCACGCGCACUGCGCGCUCACCUGCACCCCGGAGUACGACCCCAGCAAAGCGACCUUCGUGAAGGUCGUCCCGACCCCCAACAACGGCUCCACGGAGCUGGUGGCCCUGCACAGGGACCAGGGAGAAGACGGGCUGGAGGUGCUGUCCUUCGAGUUCCAGAAGAUCAAGUAUUCCUACGACGCUCUGGAGAGGAAGCAGUUCCUCCCGGUGGCCUUCCCCGUGGGCAACGCCUUCUCCUACUAUCAGAACAACCGCGGCUUCCAGGAAGAAGCCGAGAUCCGAGCAGCCGAGAAGAAAUUUGGGGGCAACAAGGCGGAGAUGGUGGUGCCGGACUUCUCAGAGCUCUUCAAGGAGAGAGCCACAGCCCCCUUCUUCGUGUUUCAGGUGUUCUGCGUGGGGCUCUGGUGUCUGGACGAGUACUGGUACUACAGCGUCUUCACGCUGUCCAUGCUGGUGGCCUUCGAGGCAUCGCUGGUGCAGCAGCAGAUGCGCAACAUGUCGGAGAUCCGCAAGAUGGGCAACAAGCCGCACAUGAUCCAGGUCUACCGCAGCCGCAAGUGGAGGCCCAUCGCCAGUGACGAGAUCGUGCCCGGGGACAUCGUCUCCAUCGGCCGCUCUCCGCAGGAGAACCUGGUGCCCUGCGACGUGCUCCUGCUGCGGGGCCGCUGCGUGGUGGAUGAGGCCAUGCUCACCGGGGAGUCCGUGCCGCAGAUGAAGGAGCCCAUCGAAGACCUGAGCCCCGCCCGCGUGCUGGACCUGCAAGCCGAUGCGCGGCUCCACGUGAUCUUCGGGGGCACCAAGGUGGUACAGCACAUACCACCGCAGAGGGCCACCACGGGCCUGAAGCCUGUGGACAGUGGGUGCGUGGCCUAUGUCCUGCGGACUGGAUUCAACACUUCCCAGGGUAAGCUGCUACGCACCAUCCUCUUCGGGGUCAAGAGGGUGACGGCCAACAACCUGGAGACCUUCAUCUUCAUCCUCUUCCUCCUGGUCUUUGCCAUCGCCGCCGCAGCCUACGUGUGGAUUGAAGGCACCAAGGACCCGAGCCGAAACCGCUACAAGCUCUUCCUGGAGUGCACGCUGAUCCUCACCUCCGUUGUGCCCCCCGAGCUGCCCAUCGAGCUCUCGCUGGCCGUCAACACCUCGCUCAUCGCCCUGGCCAAGCUCUACAUGUACUGCACGGAGCCCUUCCGGAUCCCGUUUGCGGGCAAGGUGGAGGUGUGCUGCUUCGACAAGACGGGGACGCUCACGAGCGACAGCCUGGUGGUGCGCGGCGUGGCCGGGCUCAGAGAUGGGAACAUCCCCGUGGAGACACACCGGGCUCUGGCCUCCUGCCACUCGCUCAUGCAGCUGGACGACGGCACCCUGGUGGGCGACCCCCUGGAGAAGGCCAUGCUGACCGCUGUGGACUGGACGCUGACCAAAGAUGAGAAAGUAUUCCCCCGAAGUAUUAAAACUCAGGGGCUGAAAAUUCACCAGCGCUUUCAUUUUGCCAGUGCCCUAAAGCGAAUGUCCGUGCUCGCCUCCUAUGAGAAGCUGGGCUCCACCGACCUCUGCUACAUUGCAGCCGUGAAGGGGGCCCCCGAAACCCUGCACCCCAUGUUCUCCCAGUGCCCACCCGACUACCACGUCAUACACACCGAGAUCUCACGCGAAGGAGCCCGCGUCCUGGCGCUGGGCUACAAGGAGCUGGGACACCUCACCCACCAGCAGGCCCGCGAGGUGAGGCGGGAGGCGCUGGAGUGCAACCUCAAGUUCGUGGGCUUCAUCGUGGUCUCCUGCCCGCUCAAGGCCGACUCCAAGGCGGUGAUCCGCGAGAUCCAGAACGCGUCCCACCGGGUGGUCAUGAUCACGGGCGACAACCCCCUCACCGCCUGCCACGUGGCCCAGGAGCUGCACUUCAUCGAGAAGGCACACACGCUCAUCCUGCAGCCGCCCGCCGACAAGGGCCGAGCGUGCGAGUGGCGCUCCAUUGACGGCAGCAUCGUGCUGCCCCUGCUGCCCGGCUCCCCGCGGGCGCUGGCCGCGGAGCACGCGCUGUGCCUCACGGGCGACGGCCUGGCGCACCUGCAGGCCGCAGACCCGCAGCAGCUGCUGCGCCUCAUCCCCCACGUGCAGGUGUUCGCGCGCGUGGCGCCCAAGCAGAAGGAGUUCGUCAUCACCAGCCUGAAGGAGCUGGGCUUCGUGACCCUCAUGUGCGGGGACGGCACCAACGACGUGGGCGCCCUCAAGCACGCCGACGUGGGUGUGGCACUCCUGGCCAACGCCCCAGAGCGGGCUGUAGAGCGGCGGCGGCGGCCCCGCGAGAGCCCCAGCCUGGGCAGCGGCAGGGCCGGCUCCAGGAGUGCAAAGACGCGGCCCGCACCCACAGAGGAGCCCGCGCCUGCCUCGCGGGGGGACCGCCUGAGCCAGGUGCUGCGGGACCUCGAGGAGGAGAGCACGCCCAUCGUGAAGCUGGGGGACGCCAGCAUCGCCGCCCCCUUCACCUCCAAACUUUCCUCCAUCCAGUGCAUCUGCCACGUGAUCAAGCAGGGCCGCUGCACGCUGGUGACCACACUGCAGAUGUUCAAGAUCCUGGCGCUCAACGCCCUGAUCCUGGCCUACAGCCAGAGCGUGCUGUACCUGGAGGGCGUCAAGUUCAGCGACUUCCAGGCCACCCUGCAGGGGCUGCUGCUGGCCGGCUGCUUCCUCUUCAUCUCCCGCUCUAAGCCCCUGAAAACCCUGUCCCGGGAGCGGCCCCUGCCCAACAUCUUCAACCUGUACACCGUGCUCACGGUGCUGCUGCAGUUCCUCGUGCACUUCCUCAGCCUGGUCUACCUGUACCGCGAGGCCCAGGCGCGCAGCCCCGACAGGCAAGAGAGGUUCGUAGACCUGUACAAGGAGUUCGAGCCCAGCCUGGUCAACAGCACCGUGUACAUCAUGGCCAUGGCCAUGCAAAUGGCCACAUUCGCCAUCAACUACAAGGGCCCGCCCUUCAUGGAGAGCCUGCCCGAGAACAAGCCUCUGGCGUGGAGCCUGGCUGUGUCGCUCGUGGCCAUCGUGGGGCUGCUGCUCGGCUCCUCACCGGACUUCAACAGCCAGUUCGGCCUCGUGGACAUCCCCGUGGAGUUCAAGCUGGUCAUCGCGCAGGUCCUGGUCCUGGACUUCUGCCUGGCGCUGCUGGCCGACCGCGUGCUGCAGUUCUUCCUGGGAGCCCCGAAGCUGAAAGUGCCUUCCUAAGACCGCUGCCGCUGCCGCUGCCUGCGGCUGCCCCGGAGGAAACACUCACCCCACUCCCCACAGGGGGGCUGCUCGGCUGCCUCCUCGGAAGACGGAGCUGGCACCGCGGGCCUGCAGCCCCAGCCAGCACCUGUGGUGAAUAAAGCAGUAUCAGAGAUUUUAA